GAGGUCAAUCUGAACCACCCGGCUUCCGUAGCGCUCAUUGGACAAACCCUGAACAAACCGGACAGAACGCAGAGAGCGCGUAAAGUUCGUGUAGCUGCCAAAAAGCAAAAGAGCUCCCGCUUUGCACCAAUGCUGUGCACUGGCACUACGUCGGGCUGUAAAAGUAGACGGACACACACCGGAAACAAGCUGUCAUGUUUUCCAGCAGGUGGAGGUUCGGCUCGGACAGGUACAGUGAGGUGAACCUCUUUACUGACCCCUAUGAGGCCAAUGUAGAGACCCUCUCCCAGGCCAUCAGAGCUGCAGCGUCUGAGGAGCCAGAUGUAGAUGGCAGCGUGCUGUUUGGCCACCUGAAGGGCACUGUGGUUGGCCUCAGAUAUUACACAGGGGUGGUGAAUCAAGGGGAAAUGGUCGGUUUAGUGCGACAGCCUGAGAAUCCAUACGAUCGCAAUGCAGUGAUGGUCGCCAACAUUUAUGGCAACCAAGUGGGUCACAUCAAGCGGGAGCUGGCAGCAGCCAUGGCCCAUGUCAUGGACAAAAAUUUGGCUAAAGUAGAGGGAGUGGUACCCUCAGGGACAAAAAACCAAUUUACCAUGCCAGUGAUGCUGUCCUUCUGGGGGAAAGAAGAGAACAAAAAUGCUGUGAUUGAAGGCAUGGCACGUCGCGGAUUUAAACUGAACACAGGUGGAAGCAGCGCAACAGGUACAUAUCAGAAAUCCUCUAAUAGUCAAGGUGCUUGUGCAAUGUCAUCUAAAAAAGGAUUGACCAUCCCACUAACUGCAGAAGAGCUGAAGAAUGCAUUUGACAACCUCUUUGAUGGUCUGAUGGAGAGUAAAGAUGGAGAGAAAGAAGCAGCCGAGGCUGUGGGUACGCCUCUCCUGCCUCACCAGAAGCAGGCACUGUCCUGGAUGUGUGCUCGAGAGAACAAAUCUGCGCUGCCACCCUUUUGGGAGAAGAGAGGCGAGCUCUACUAUAACAGCCUCACGUGUUUCUCCGCCAAAGAAAUGCCAGAGAGAAUUCGUGGAGGAAUACUGGCAGAUGACAUGGGACUGGGGAAAACUCUGACAACCCUUGCUCUGAUUCUCACCAACUUUCACAAUGGAAAGCCUCUGCCUGUGGAGAAAUGUGAGGAGCACUCUUCACCUAUCAAAGCCAAAACUAAACCACAAGAAGGCAGCAGUGCAGGUGAUAAAGCAGAAGUGAGCCAGUCAGCAGCUGGUCCUCAAUGCUCAAACCUUCCUCAGGUGGAGGGGAUCUGUGUUAAUACGACAGAGGUAGUGGAGAUAGUGGACAAGUCAGAUAACAGUACGAGCAAAGGAAAGAAGAAAGCCAACAAGCGAAAGCCCAGUAAAGAGGCCCCAGUGAUGCUGGAAGAUCUGGACUUUGCUGCAGCACUUGGUGGCUCAGCAGCAGAUACAGGCUUAAAGAAGAAGAAGAAAACUGGCAAGAAGGCCGGUCCCACACAGAGUGUGGAAUCCUCCGUCAUUGAAAGUCCAGAUGAAUUAUCAGCUAGAACGACCCUCAUCAUCUGCCCGCUUUCUGUGAUCAGCAACUGGCUGCACCAGUUGGAGCAGCAUGUGCGUUCAAACGUGAAGCUAAACGUGUAUCUGUAUUACGGCUCAGAGCGUAACAGGAGCAAGGCCUUUCUGUCCUCUCAGGAUGUGGUGAUCACCACCUACAACGUCCUCUCUGCUGACUCUGGGAAUAAGAGUCCCCUCCACAGCAUCAAUUGGCUGAGGGUUGUGCUGGACGAAGGACAUGUUGUAAGAAACCCAAAUGCACAGAUGAGUAAGGCUGUUCUCGGCCUAAAAGCUCAGCGGCGCUGGAUUUUGUCAGGUACUCCUAUCCAGAACAGUGUGAAGGACCUGUGGAUGCUGCUGGCCUUCCUGCGUCUGAAGCCCUUUGAUGUGAGAGAGUGGUGGAACAGAGUGAUCCAGAGACCUGUUACUGGAGGAGACAGGGCCGGCCUGCAGAACCUUCAGACCCUGGUGAAGUGCAUCACCCUGCGGCGAACAAAGAGCAGUGAGGUGAACGGGCGCCCCCUGGUGUCUCUGCCUGAGAAGGCAGUAUGUGUGGAGCAGGUCGAGCUGAGCCAGACAGAGAGAGAGGAGUACGAGCUGGCACGUAAUGAGGGAAAAAACACCAUCAGCAAGUACGUAGCUGAAGGGACAGUGUUGAGGAAUUAUGCCGACGUGUUGGCCAUCCUGAUGAGGCUUCGACAGCACUGCUGCCACCCUGAUCUACUGGCAAAAACAUCCUCAGACCUGGGUGCUGCAGCUACACCCGGAGAGCUGCGGGAGCGUCUGAUAGACAAGCUACGGUUGGUGUUAGCCAGCGGCUCUGAUGAGGAGUGCUCUGUGUGUUUGGAGUCGGUGCAUCUGCCUGUCAUUACACACUGUGCCCAUGUUUACUGCCGGCCCUGCAUCGCCCAGGUUAUCAACACUGAGCAGGAAGCAGCACGCUGUCCUCUCUGUCGAAGUGAGAUCAAGGCCAAUGAACUGGUGGAGUUUCCACAGGAGGAAAUGGAGGAAGAGAAAAGUACAAACUCUGAUAAGUGGAGGACAAGCUCAAAGGUGCAGGCAUUGAUGGGAAACCUGCUCAGGCUGCGAUGUGAGGACAGCAGCAUUAAGUAUUUGGUCGUCUCUCAGUUUACACGCUUUCUCUCCAUACUGGAGACUCCACUCAGAGAGCAUGGUUUCAGUUUUGUGCGUUUGGACGGCACUAUGAGCCAAAAGAAGAGGACUCAGGUCAUCCAGGAGUUUCAGAGCUCUGCAGCCGGCAGCCCUGCCAUAAUGCUUCUGUCACUCAAAGCUGGAGGGGUGGGGCUAAACUUGACAGCCGCCUCUCAUGUUUUCCUCAUGGACCCUGCGUGGAAUCCUGCUACUGAGGAGCAGUGUAUUGACCGCUGUCACCGUCUGGGACAGACAAGGAAAGUCAUCGUCACAAAGUUCAUUGUCAAAGAUUCAGUGGAGGAGAACAUGGUGAAGAUCCAAAGGCAGAAGCAGGAUCUGGUGGAGAAGGCUUUUGGCUCCGCAAACGCAGAAAGGAAAACAUCUCGCAUUGAUGACAUCAAAGCUCUGAUGGAGCUGUAGAUGUUUAAUCACUUGGGAACAACACAAACAGUGGACUAUUUUGUUGGUUCAGAAAGUUCACAUCUGAAGGGCUGCAGAUUGUUUCAUUAUAUUGAAAAGUAAAAAUUGUUUGUGUAUAGGUUGGUUAACUGCUAUGUUAACGUUUUGUACUGAUUCAUUCAUCACUUGGGAAGCUUUCAUUUUUGUUUAUGUGAUGUGUAGGAGCUGUUUGUCUUGAUCUACUGUACGACUUGUUACUCUGGGACAAAAGUGAAGAAGAAAUACACACUUGUAGCAUCUUGAUUUGUCAAUAUGCAAAUUUAACAGCUGUUAAAUUUGCAUAUUGACAAUUCAGAUGUUCUGUAUGUUGUUGUCUUACUUGCCAUUUCUGGAUUGAAUAAAUGCAGCCUACUGAUAUUGUACCUUUGUAGUUACUGUAUUUAAUCAGACAGCAUCUUUUGGAACAUGAAAUUAAAGGGAAACUAUUUGUUUAACACACAA